CCAUAAGGAAAGAGCCAUCCAGAGCCAUUACCAGGCCAUCGAUUUCCAGACCAAAGUAGCCGAGGGAGUGAGACGAGAGAGGCAACAAAAGAAAGAAAAAACUCAAUAGCAAAUGGAGUCUAAAGAUUAGCAUAGAAUUAGGUUUCGGAUACAGUAUUUGAUACACUUUGACUGCACAGAUUAAAGAAUGCACUCCAAUACUUCAAGUCGCUCCAAGCUCUCCCUUAGGCGUAAGAAACCCAAAGAUGAUUCUUCUCCCUCGUUAUCAAGUAAAGCAGUAGCUACUUCACUGGGCAACCUCAAUGUGGACGCACAGAAUACGCCAGCACAAAGUCAAUCAAACUCGAAACUGCAGCCUCACAAUAGUUCUAGACUCAACCUGGUUAUCACUAAGAUAAAUCUCUCACAACAUAAUGCUUCGAGAAGACCAAACGUUUCGUCCAAUUUUACUGGGUGCUUGUCCGAAGGUGUACGUUCAGAAGUGUGUUGCAGUAAUGAAGUUGGCAGUGAUACAGAACUAAAGCACAAUAGACAACUGGAAAGUGAGGAUGGCAGCAAGCUAGUGGAGAGAAACUUAACAGGGAUGAUUCCUGCCAAAGCAGAUACAAAUAAACUUGACUGUGAUGUAAAAGUGGAAGAUGAUAGUGAUUUUAAAGAGCCUGUUCCUCAAAUGAUAAAAAGAAAACGGAAGAAACAAGACAACUACAUGCAGAGCAUUGAGGAGGAACAGUUACAGCUAGCUAUGGUUCUGUCUGCCUCCAUUGACCCACACGGUCCACCCUCUGUGGGGGACACUCUACCAGCACCGGCAGAACACGCACCCAAAAGACCAAAGAAACGAGCCAAACCGUCCAAGAAGGAGAAGACCGUCCCUCCACUCUUGACUGUGUCCUCUCAACAAGCCCGGGAAAUGCUGGCACAGAGAGCACAAGAAUUGCUGAAAGGAUCUGCCAUGGAUGACGAUCAUAUCCAGUCUACCCCAGCUUUUCAUAGCAGCAAGUUACUGCUACCUCCAGAACAUGUGAAUGACGAGCAAGCAUUUUCCAAGACUGUGAGUGGGAGCAAAGAUGAUGCCAAACUAAGAGAGGGUGAUGAUGUCAUACAAGUGGAAAGUAUUGUGCCCAUGAGCCCUCCUGACACAGCUUUGAGGGAUGAGAAUAGAUCAUUUGCUACCGAUUUUCAACACUUCGACUACUCCACGUUGUGGGAGCUAACCGACUUCAAGAAGUGUGAGAACAAAGACUUUUAUGUUCCUUCGCUAAGCUCGAUCAUCACCCCAGUCAAGGCACUACCACACACUGUGACUACUCAUCCCCUGACUGACUGUGGGUCCACCCCACCCACUAACACACCCCCAUUGGAGGGUCACAAUGAAGAGCAGUUUGCAGCAGUCAGGCACCUUUGCUCUGAUCUGAGGUCAUUGUUAGGGUCCUCAUUGUUUAGUGACGUUGAGAUAUCCACUAGGGGAGGAACUGUUAUCUCUUCUCAUGCUGUGCUGUUAGCGGCACGGUGCCCGUCACUCAGAGUGUUGCUGUCAGGAGCCAAGUCACGUCCUAUAAGAUUAGACUGGAGUGAUUACGAGGAUAGUGUGGUGUUGUCCUUCCUUGAGUACCUGUACACUGGAGCCCCACCACCCUCCCAGUGUGACCACGCAGAGAUGGAGUCUCUCACAGCACUGGCCAGAGAGUGGUCUAUGAGGGAGCUUGAAGUGUGGUGUGCAGGUUCAAUGUCCAGUGUCAUUUACUCACAGUUUGGAACUACAAGUGAAGCAAGUGAUUCGCUCGUAACUAAAGAAACGAACACUCAUUCUCCCGAAACAGAAGUUGUCAGUAAGAAUGAAGAACGUGUUUCUAAUUCACCCGAAAUAAUUGAUUUGUCCCAAUCCUCAAAUAAAUCCUCCGAGAACACUAACACGAACUGUACUGAGCUUGCUGACGAACCAUUGCUUAUUUCUGAAUCACCUAAGUCUGUAGAAAACAUUUCUUCAACAACCACGACUGACUUCGACUUGCUGCUGGGACAAAUACUAUGCUCUGAAGUUACCUCAGAAAUAACUGUUUCCUACUCGAAAACAGACAUUGUUAAACAGUCCCCAAGUCCUUGUAUAUUGCUAUCAAGCUCUGACUCGACUGAUCCACAGAAGACAGAAUUCGAUGCAGCUAUUGACCCAACUAUUGAUCAAGAAGAGGGUUGCAACUCUGACGACUUGUUUAGCCCUUCUCCAUCCACCACCUGCAACGAGGUCACGCUACUCCCACCCCCUGAACCUGAAAAUGAUUAUAUUAUUACCGGACAAUGUUUUGAAGGUGACCAGAGCAUAGAUGCAACAACUAUAACUGAACCAAUUCAACAGCUCGAGCCGCUCGAGCCAGAACUUUACGUAUUCGAUAACGACCUUCUUAUUGAUGGUAGCGGGGACAUUACUGAGUUGUUGUUAGAAGAUUUCCCCACCCCUACAGCUCUCAUCGAAAACAAAGCAACCUCCAGACUAGGGACUCCUGGGGAUCAGCUGAAGACUCUAACUUUAGGUAGAGAAAAGUUUGGGGGUACGUUUCGAACCCCAUUAGGAGUGGGUCGGUUUCACUUGGAGACGGAUGAUGACAUCACACCUAUGCCUAAUUAUCGUAGCAUGGUCACCCCCUUGUUGAAAGUAAGGUGUUCUAAAUUUGGAGUGAAGCCGCUCGCUAAACGGAAGAUGAUUGCUAAACUUGAAGAGAUCUACGACUAUGCACAUCCACUGGUUGGUGAAGACGGUGAAAUAGUGGAAGAUACACAAGAACCUCCUACUAAGAGCUCAACAAAGGAAACGAAAGGCAAGAAAGCUAAAAAGACGGUUUCCAAAGAGAACCAGGAGGACGGUGUAGAUCUCAAGUCAAUGGUCAAGGCUAGCAUUUGCUCCAAUGAACAACUUUACCAAGAUAUCUUGACGUACAAGCCAUUGGAGCUGGCUCUCAUUCACAGCAUGGUGAAGGACUCUGGGGUGUCAGUAUCCAAGGAAAAGCUCAGAGAUAUUCUAGAUCAAUGGUGUGUGACCUUCACAAUUCCAAGACAUGCUGACAUGCAAAAAACAGAUACAGUUACUCAAAAAACUACCUGAACUGUACAGAUUCUAUACGUAUCAGCAGUGCACGGUUCCCAAUAUAUCCUUUACUAAAUGUUCACUUGACAACUUAACAACUACAAAAAUAAUCGCACCAGUAACUCGUCUGUGCUAUUAAAAACCUAAGAUGGCUACAAACUAAGUAUACAUACAAGCCUACAAAGAAAGGGGUUGUUCGUUUUUUUCCACACUGCACCCCUCUCCAACCCAAGACAGUGCACCAACUGUAGUGAAACUUGCACAGCCAUCUUCAUCGUUUGGAUUGUAAUUAGGAAAAGUGCUGAACAUAUCACGAAUAAAAACCAAACCAUUACUUCUGCACAACCCGCAAUAGAGAAGCUGACAUUGGGUCUUGUAGACCACUGGAAUAGAAGCAUUCUUGUCUACACUAAGCUUCAGGGUGAUUUUCAUUUCAUACUUCAUGUGAUAGGUGGUGAUUGUGGCAUCAACACGUGUUUCUGGCGGCAAACUAUCUUCUCCUCUCGGCUAUAGCUGUACUCGAAGCCUUCUGUGCUGGACUUUUCUGUUCCUUUGGUUGUAGACUUGCUCUUGUCAUAAUGCCCACUUAUUCCGAUACUCCCUCCAGCUACAGCCGCACCCAUCACGUUUGCUCCAAUAUUGCCUCCAAACCCAAAAGCAGUACCUUUUGUUGUAGAAAAAGUGUAGCGCUCUUCUUCAGUCGUUGAUGCCUUUUUGUCAAUUCGAACAAUGCUUUCGUCCUGAGCCACUUUUCCACGAUUUACGUACUCAUUCAUAUUGAUAUCAACGAUGGUGCGUGUUUUUUCACAAGGUUUUGUAUCUGCAUUGACGACACUUAGUUUAAGGUCAAUAUUGUUUACCUUUGUCUCAUAAAACUGAUUUUUGACAACUGUAAUGUUUCGUCCAUAUCGCCGUUUGGCUGCUUGUUCAAAAAGCUUCCAGAGA